CAUUUUUUGUGCCGUCUCUACGUCUUCUUCGCUAUGGCACUUUUUUAAUAUAAACAACAUAAAAGCCAACUAAUUUAUUUACGCCAUAGGCAUAGCUCAAUUACCGAUCAUCAUUGUGUUUGGCAUUAUCGAAGUCACCUAUUUAAGCGCCCACUGCAGCUGAAAACCCGCAAAAACCCAAAGUGAAACUGAAAUCGGCAGCAGAAGCCAAGCCAAUACAGCAUUUUUUCCAACAGACAUAAUAUGAAAUGGCUUAAGGUUAGCUUUGGUGAGAAGGUGGCUGAAGUAUCUCUGCAACGACAGCAACAGGCCACGACCGGCGACGAUACCAUGCCCUCGGCCAUCAGUGGCGGUGCACACGGCCAGGUGCACAUACCCAGCAAUGAGGAAUGUGGCAUACGAGACGUUUGGAAGCACAAUCUGGAGGAGGAAUUUCGCACCAUACGAAAGAUUGUACAAAAAUAUCAUUUCGUUGCCAUGGACACAGAAUUUCCCGGCGUUGUAGCGCGACCCGUUGGUGAAUUUCGUUCAACCGCCGAUUAUCAUUAUCAGUUGUUGCGCUGCAAUGUCGAUUUGUUGAGGAUCAUACAGCUGGGACUCACAUUCAUGGAUGAUGAGGGCAAAACGCCGCCCGGCUAUUCUACGUGGCAGUUUAAUUUCAAAUUCAAUCUCAGCGAGGAUAUGUACGCGCAGGAUUCGAUUGAUUUGCUACAAAACUCGGGCAUACAAUUCAAGAAACACGAAGAGGACGGCAUCGAUCCCAUUGAGUUUGCCGAACUGCUCAUGAGCUCGGGCAUUGUGCUGAUGGAUAACAUUAAAUGGCUUUGCUUUCACUCAGGCUACGAUUUUGGCUAUCUGCUGAAGCUGCUCACCGAUCAGAAUCUGCCCGCCGAUGAGAGUGAAUUCUUUGAACUGUUGCACUUGUAUUUCCCAAACAUCUUCGACAUCAAAUAUCUGAUGAAAUCAUGCAAAAACCUCAAGGGUGGCCUCCAAGAGGUGGCGGAUCAAUUGGAGCUGCGCCGCGUAGGUCCACAGCAUCAGGCCGGCUCUGAUGCGUUGCUCACGGGCAUGGCAUUCUUCAAAAUGCGUGAGAUGUUCUUCGAGGAUAACAUUGAUCAUGCGAAGUAUUCUGGCCAUUUAUAUGGUCUUGGCACUUCGUUCAUUGUAAAUGGCAGCAACUUCCAUGAGAGUAAUGGUGAGGCGAAUAGCGCCUCAUGAUUCAUCCUGAUGAAGAACGCCGUUGUGCAUGACAAGAAAUUCGAACAAGUUGCUGGAGCUGCUGCAUCGGCUGCCUCUGUACCACCAGCCCCGACAUGGUCAGGCAAUACAACAACAACAUAAAACAAAUAAUAAUUACAACAAAUAGGAACACACAAGAAAAUAUACCUUAUUAAGCUAUUGCAAUACACACAAUUAAAAGAAAACAAAGAACACUGAAAUUUUCUACGCUUUUGAUGGGAAUUUCUACACCCAGUAGGUGUUAUUUUACAAUAAUUUAAAUUAAACUCCACACUUAGAAAAAAUACAAAAACAAAGCAAAACAGAAAACUAAUAAAAAUGUCAUAUAAGCGAAAAAAGUAUCAUAUGUAAAAAUCACUUUAAAGAUCGAUGUCUUAAAUGUGUUAGGAAAUCAAUUAACCAUAUGUAUAAUAAGCUCAUAUGUAUAAGAAAAUGUGUAAUUGUAUAAAAGAAAAAAUCAAUAUAUUUAAACUUUUUAAAUUAGAAAAA